AUGUCGGACCCGCUCCUCUUCGAAGAUACCUUCACGAUCACCGCGAUCAACGCCCAGAAGUACGACCGGGUAUCUCGUCUUACCUGUACCUCCAACGAUGCUUCCCUGACUUUUACCCUUGAUGUGAACUCCGAGCUGUACCCAUGCGCCGUCGGCGAGUCGCUGUCUCUCGCGAUUGCCUCGACUCUUUCUCUCGACGGCAAAGAGGAUACUCGCGCCAGCUGGAGAGAAGUCAGCAUGGGUGAUGCGACCCUCGCCGAUGACUAUGACUAUGUUUGCCACGGCAAGGUUUACCGUUUUGAGGAGGGAGCCACUAAGGAUACUAUGGCUGUCUUUGUGUCGUUUGGAGGACUUUUGCUCUAUCUCGAGGGUCCCUACAAGAAGCUUGCUCCUCUCCGAAUCGAUCACGUCUACUUGCUCCUCAAGAAAUAA